AACACCAAUCAUGCCCCUGGAUCUCCGCCCAAGACAACAAGAACCCGGGGAUUGAUGGGGCGGAUGGAUUCCCGUUGUUCGGUGUAAUUGUUAGACUAGUAGGUCGACUCAGCCAACUAAGCUACCUAGUGACCUUCGCUAGGUACGGUCAGGACCCUUUCAUCUGUCAUCUCAUCAUCGCCUAUGCCAAACACCACGACGACAGCAUCAUCACCACCACCACCACCACCACCACCACCAUAACAAGUAGUCGACACGGACGACGACGACGACGACGACGACGACGACGACAGCAGCCACCCACCAUGGCUCCCAGAAAGAACGCGCAGUCUACCGCUGCCGAAAUCUCCCUGGUCCAUCUCCAAAACUGCUUCGUCAACCUGCCACCGUCACUGGCCUCCCUGCUCUCCAAUGUCAACACGCCCGCCCAGAAUGUCAUCGUCGAGCUCAACUACCGCGUCCAGUCGACCCCUGACGCCAUCGCUUCAGGCGCCCCCGCCUCGGUCACCAAAAACAUCUUUGUAGGCUGGACCGGCAUGCCCAGCAAGCGCAAGGUCAACCCCAUGGUCGGGAGUCACGGCAUCGACAGGACACGCUCGACUUCGUCCCGCGACCAGGAAAUCCCCCUCGUCGAGAUCGACACCACCCUGGCCGGCACCCUGGGCCUCAAGGAAGGACAAAAGGUCAUGGCCACAGUACACUUCGACCCGCCCAUGGCCACCACCGUCAACAUCGAGCCCCUUACACCCGACGACUGGGAGAUGAUUGAGCUCCACGGCACCUUCCUCGAAGACAACCUCCUAUUCCAAGUCCGCGCCAUCCCCAACCCCGUCUACGCUCCCGGCGGCCUUCCCUCAAUACCCCAUCCCCUCACCCUACACUUGUCGCAAACGUCAAAGGCCAACAUCAAGGUCAUCUCCAUCGAUCCGCCUCUACCCCCAGACGCCCCAUGCGCCAAGAUCGCCCCCGACGCCGAGAUCAUCGUGGCCCCCAAGGUCCGCUCCAAGACACGCAACAGCAAGGAUAACAGGAGUGUGGGUGGAAACUCCAAAAAGAGCGCCAAGAGUUCGGCAAGCACAAGCAGGAGAAAGAAGGAGGACAAGAAGCCGCCCGUGUUUUUGAGGGGUAUCGACCGGAAGCAUCUUCAGGAAUGGUUCGACGACGAGAAGCCGACCGACGAUCUGAGCGUAUGGGUUGACCGCGACUUGUUGACGACCGGAGACUUGAAGGGCGCCAAGCACGUAUCUGUUACCGUGGUGCGCCCAGCUGGCCUACAACCAACCACCGAUGCCCCUGUUCAGCCAGAACAGGUCGAUCCGGCUUCGGCACCAUCAACCAAAAUCGUGGCUCACCUCCGCGGAUGGGACGACCCACCUGAUGGACAAGUAGCUGCUCUUUCGUCGCCUCUGGCUGCGGCACUGGGAAGCCAGGGUAUGGUGGGCGGAGUGGUCAAGCUUGAGGUGGCUUCGUCUCCUUUAGGCAAGAAGAGCGUGGACAAGGACGGUGUUUCGCGCGCUUCGCUCACAAAAAUCAACAUCUAUCCGUUCGCUUCACCCAAAACUGUGGCUUCUGCUGGUUUAAAGUUUGGUGGUCAGUCCAAGGCGGAAAAGGAGGAGGCGGCUAAGCAGGUCAACCACAUCUACGGGUCUGAGGGCAAUGGGUUACUGUCUGGACCUAUCACGGAUGGUCAGGUGCUGGCGCUCUACGAUGGGUUUGACUGUCCCCGUGGCUGGGAGGGCGGUAUCAUCAAGUUUGAGCCUGCGCCUGCCACUCAGGCAUCCGGAAAGAAGCCUCUGAGCUGGGUUAUGGGGUCUGACUGGAAGGUUCCCAUUUCCGUCCAGGCGCCUAUCGGCAAGCCGGCGUGGUUGACAGAGGGCGAAGUUAACUUGGCUCUUGAGACCUCUGACUCUUUACUCGUGGGCAUUGAUUCGUUACUCGAAAAGUUGCAAUUGCACUUGACCCAUAUGUCUUCGGUACUUCUUACCGGCGGUCAGGGUUCUGGCAAGACAUCUGUGGCACAGUCCAUUGCCCGUACCUUGCGGUCAACCCAGCUAUAUCACACUACCUACUUCCCGUGCACAAAGCUUGUCAAUGAUGAGAGCAGGAUAUCCAACAUCAAGGAGACCCUUAACCACCUGUUUAUGGCAGCGAGCUGGGGCGCCAGACUGGGCGGUAAGGCUGUUGUUGUCUUGGAUGAUCUUGACAAGCUUUGCCCGUCAGAACAAGAACUGCAAGUCGGAAACGACAAUGCCCGGAGCAGGCAAAUCAGUGAAGCGAUCUGCUCCAUGGUUAAGCAAUACUGCGGAAGAGACAGCAACGUCGUUUUGCUUGCUACCUGCCAGGGCAAGGACUCACUUCACAACGUCAUAGUCGGCGGCCACGUCGCCCGUGAAAUCGUUGACCUGAGUGCUCCCGACAAGGAGACGAGACGCCGCAUCAUGGAAGCCCUCACCAAGAAGGACGCGGUGCCAGUAGAGAGAACCACUGGCGAAAUUGCCGAUGGAGAUCUCGACAGUCGCCCGCCCACCCGCGACGGCAGCACCACCGGCGGCGAAGACGGCGACGGCUGGAUGGAAGGCUCUAACCAAUUCCCGUCCAAGAAGGCCUCCAAAAAGUCCAGCGGCUUUGUCCUUGACGCCGACCUCGACUUCCUCGACAUCGCCGGCCAAACCGACGGCUACAUGCCCGGCGAUCUCAUUCUCCUCAUCUCCCGCGCCCGCAACGAAGCCCUCAGCCGGUGCGUAGGUGAAGCUCUCGACAAGGAUGUCUCCACCAUCCACCUCGCGCGCGCCGACUUUGACGCCGCCAUCUCCGGCUUCACGCCCGCCUCCCUGCGCAACGUCACCCUCCAAAGCUCAUCCACUACAUUUGCCUCCAUCGGCGGCCUCCAGGAAACGCGCCAAAUCCUCCUCGAAACCCUCGAAUACCCCACCAAAUACGCGCCCAUCUUCGCCCAGUGUCCUCUGCGCUUACGUUCCGGUCUGCUCUUGUACGGCUACCCAGGCUGCGGCAAGACCCUUCUCGCCUCUGCCGUCGCCGGCGAAUGCGGCCUCAACUUCAUCUCCGUCAAGGGUCCCGAGAUUCUCAACAAGUAUAUCGGUGCCUCGGAGAAAUCCGUGCGCGACCUCUUUGAGCGCGCCUCGGCCGCCAAGCCAUGCGUUUUGUUUUUCGACGAGUUCGACUCCAUCGCUCCCAAGCGUGGCCACGAUUCCACGGGCGUUACCGAUCGCGUGGUCAACCAGCUUUUAACGCAGAUGGACGGUGCCGAAGGACUGUCGGGUGUUUACGUGCUAGCGGCCACUUCGCGACCGGACCUGAUUGAUCCCGCGCUGUUACGUCCCGGUCGUUUGGACAAGUCUUUGCUGUGCGACUUUCCUAACCUGGAGGAUAGGCUGGACAUCAUCAAGGCUCUUACGCACAAGGUCCGUGUCGCCGAGGAAGUCUGGUCCUCGGAAAAAGAUUUGCUGGAGCUGGGUAAGCGCACAGACGGGUUCACUGGUGCGGAUCUGCAGGCGUUGGUGUCGAAUGCGCAGUUGGAGGCUAUUCAUGAUGCUCUGGCUGAUAUGGGCACGGGUAUGGUUUCGCAUGCUCGUCGGGGGGUGGAGUCCAAGUCAUCGGGGAGGAACGACUUUGUGCAAUUCCGGUAUGGAGAUGAUGUUGAUGGGUCCUUGACUCAGUCCACCUCCGCUCCAAGAACCAGAGCCGCAGAGUUAGCGGAAAGGGCGGCCAUCAGCGCUAAAUUGGAAACACUCAAGAUGAUGCAGAAGAAGGCGGCUAGACAGGCUGCUGCUUCUGGCCAAACAAAUGGAACGGAUGGUGGCAAGGCAGUCAAUGGCAAGGCGGGUAGUGGAAAGGAGGAUGCUGGUCCGCAGGUGGUGGUGAAUUGGAAGCAUUUGUACAAGGCGCUGGAUGCUACGAGGGCGUCCAUCAGUGUCAAGGAGAGGAAGAGGUUGGAGAGGAUUUAUCAUGAGUUUGUGGUGGGCAGGAGCGGGGAGAUGAGGGAUGGGCAGGCGAGUAAUGAGAUUGGGGGGAGGAGUAGUUUGAUGUAGGGGAGGAACUGAGCUUUUGGUUAGGUAGGUUAGAAGAAAAAAGUGUGUAAUGUAUAGAUCUAGAAUAGCAGUCGAAGAUAUAAAAGUAAGAAGGGUUAAUUAGUUGA